AUGAAUACCAUUCGUAACGAUUGUGUUGCACCAAAGGAUCCUGAACAGAAUGAUAUUGCCCAAUUCACCGAACCACCAAAGAAAAUCACUUUCGACGACUUUCUUGUACGACACCUCGGUAAUUUUGGAAGAUAUCAAUUUAUUCAGUAUAUUCUGCUGUGUAUUCCGAGUUUAUUUGUCGCCAUGCAUGUGAUGAGCUGGACUUUCGUGAAUAACGCACCAGAAAAGAUAUGUGACAACAGUGCCGCAAUAGAAAAUUGCACAACCAGCAGAUAUUCGGCUGUUGACAAAUGGCCUGUUAUCGAACAAAAAUCAUGGAUCAAAGGGGCCGUACAAGCAUUCUAUUACAUCGGUCAUAUGGUAGGUUCGAUAAUAUGCGGAGUUCUGAGCGAUAGAGUUGGCAGGAAACGAAUAUUUUACCUCGCAAUUUUGAUCGAAAUAGCAUGUGGUAUGUUGUUGACGGUGGCUCCAACGUGGUUCGGCACCGGCUUCACACAUCCAGGACUUUACGCGAUAGCUAUUGUGAUAGGGACUGAACUUGUUGGACCAAAUUACAGGAGGAUUGUUGCAGUUGGGACUGCGACUUCCAUAGCUAUAGGAGAGAUGAUUCUGGUGGGGUUGGCCUACCUCAUAACUGACUAUCGAUUUCUACAUGCAGUGAUAGCACUACCAUCCCUUCUCUUGCUUGUUUACUGGUGGUUGGUGCCGGAAAGUAUCCGAUGGCUUGUGACUAAGGAACGAUACGAAGAAGCAAAUGUUAUAAUGCAAAAGGCUGUAAGAAUAAACAGAACAAGUGUGCCGGACAAAUGGUGGAAGCAACUCGAAAAAAAGCAAAAAAGUAAAGCCGUUUCUCAUGGCAUUCUAGACCUUUUCCGUACUCGGAGACUAUGUACAAGGACAUUAGUCUGCUUUUUUAUUUGGCCCGUUAAUGCGAUGAUAUAUUAUGGAUUGACGCUGAAGAGCGACAUCGCCGGUGGCGAUCUAUACAUUAACUUCACUCUUAGCGCAGCUAUAGAGAUUCCUUCUAUUCUACUUGUCUAUUUCUUCAUCGACCGUGUUGGACGAAGAGCAAUGGUCGCAGGCAGUUUUCUAACUGCCGGAAUUUGCCUCGUUCUCAAUUGGGUUGUAGGUGACAAUGUGGCCCUCGUUUGGGGAAUGUUACAAAUAGCUAUUACUAAAGGAGCGUCUACUGUAGCUUUUGUUGCUGUUUACACUUACACUGCUGAAUUGUUUCCCACAGUCAUACGAACCACAGCUGUUGGAUGUUGUUCAAUGAUAGCACGGCUUGGAGCUGUAGUAUCGUCCUUCAUGGCAUUAUGGCUGGUUGACGCUCAAGGAAGACUCUCCAUGGUUAUUCCGCUGGCUGUAUUGUCAUUAACUGCAACUGUUCUCACGGCAGUUGUCAGUGUCAUUUUCGUUCUUCCAUCACUUCAAUUUUCUAACUCCUUAUUUUUUGCGCCCCUUCUCUUGUUGCCACGCCCGUCGACAGCAUCUCCAUUCUAUUCUCAAUUCGCUCGAACAAUGCAAAACACCCCGACUAUUGAACAGAAACCGAAGAAAAUAACUUUCGAUAAGUUGCUUGAACAACACCUUGGAAGUUUUGGAAGAUAUCAAAUUAGUCAGAUUAUCCUAGUGUGCUCUCCAACUACUUUGCUGGCCUUGCAUGUGAUGAGUUGGACUUUCGUGGGACUGUCAUCAGAAGUCAAAUGUGAGAACAAAACCAUGUCGGAAAACUGCACCAGAGUUGGAUAUACAGCGGUCGACAGAUGGGGCAUUGAAGGAGACAAAGCAUGGAUUAAAGGGGCUGUACAGUCGUUCUAUUAUGUUGGUCAUAUGGCAGGCUCGUUAGCGUGGGGAGUUUGGAGCGAUAAAAUUGGAAGAAAGCAAGUUUUCUGUAUUGCAGUCGCAAUUGAAAUACUCUUCGGAAUACUGUUGAUCGUGGCGCCAACCUGGUGGCUUUUCGCAAUUUUCAAACUCGGAACCGGCUUUGCACAUCCAGGAAUAUACGUUGUAGCGAUUGUGAUAGGAACGGAGCUUAUCGGCGCACGUCACAGGAGAAUCGUUGCAGUUUUAGCCGCUCUCUUUGGCGCGAUAGGGGAGUUGAUUCUCGUCGGAUUAGCCUACUUCAUUAGGGACUAUCGCGUCCUGCAUGCUGCUAUUGCACUGCCCUGGCUUAUUCUUAUUUCAUAUUGGUGGCUGAUGCCGGAAAGCCUGCGGUGGCUUGUGACUAACGAGCGAUACAGAGAAGCGGAUGUGAUAAUGAGAAAGGCUGCUAAAGUAAAUAAGUCAAAUAUACCAGACAAAUGGUGGGAACAACUAGAGAAGAGUCAAAGCAAGAAAAACACCUCAUAUGGCCUCCUUGACCUAUUCCGCACUAAAACACUCCGAAUAAGAAGUCUUGUUUGCUUUUUUAUCUGGCCCGUUAAUGCUAUGCUAUUUUAUGGUUUGACUAUGAAAAGUGAUAUCGGUGGUGGUAGCAUAUACGUUAAUUUUGCUCUUAGUGCAGCUAUAGAGAUCCCAGCAAUUUUCGUUGUCUAUUUCCUUAUUGAUCGUAUUGGACGACGAUGGAUGGUGGCUUGCAGCUUUUUCGUAGCCGGAAUAUGUCUCGUUAUCAACUUGUUUGUGGGCGAUCAUGUUGCUUUUUAUUGGGGAAUGCUACAGAUAAUGAUAACAAAAGGCGCCGUUACUUCCGCUUUUAUUGCUUUGUACACCUAUACAUCUGAAUUAUUUCCUACCGUUAUACGCAACACAGCAAUGGGAAGCUGUUCAACGAUGGCACGUCUUGGAUCCAUACUCUCUUCUUUCAUAGCUUUAUGGCUGGUUGACAACUACGGAAAACUCUCGCUGGUUAUUCCAUUCUCCGUGCUCGCUUUGGCAUCAGCUGUUAUGACGGCAGUAUUAUUACCAGAAACUGUAAACAAACCAAUGCAUGAGACUAUUGCCGAAGUAGAAGAUGCGACCACGUAG